AGGUGGACGCCUAGCUCCCCGCCUGCCCCACACGCUGACCUCCGUGAUGAGGAUAUGUGUGAACCAGAGAUGGCUCAGACUCUGUUUUCCUGCUUUCCUGGUUUUGGCCGCAGUGCUGAGCUGAUGCACGAUUAAAAAAAAAAAUAACUGAGCCCGUCCACCUUAGGAAUAAGUAGCAGCUGGCCCGUGUGCGAGUGCACUUCUGAAAUGUUUGGGAAGACACUAACAGCUAUUAAAUCAAGCGUAACAUAUGGGCUACCUCUAAAGCAAGGUUUUGAAGCCUGUAGUCAAAUCGGUGUCCUUGUGUUUUACCGCAGGUUAAACGAAAACCUGAGGACCAUGGGUUGGGAAGGACUUUAAAAUAUUAUUGAACCAUCUACUACUGCGGGAUUAAAAACUUAUUUUACUUUCCUUUGUUCGUGGACUUAUUAAUUGAUUCAUUGAUUUAUAUUCACAUCCGAGGCUUUUGCUAGGCCCUCGACGCGGAGACCCGAGCGGUAGACGAAGCCAUUACGCAGACUGCAGGGGGCAGAGGCACGUUCCGUGUCAGGGGUGUGGACUUAGGUGUGGUCGAUCUCCUCACUUCCUCUUGCCUUUACCUUUUUCCUUGCAUGCAGAGUAGCCACUGCAGUGGGUCCGGGGACUCUAAAGGGGGUGACAUUUGUGUGCCAUCAAUCCCCAUUCAGCCACAGUUGCUCUGGGCGGCUCUUCCCAGCAAAAGCCACGCAGGGGGACAUCCGUUGUUCCACAUUUGGGCAGAUGAGCUCCCGUGAGGGCGUGCGGUCCAUGUGGUCGUGGCGGGUGUGUGGCAGUGGCCCGCCCUAGGGCGGAGCCCCUCCCUGGGGCCCAGCGGGACUGGUGGGGGGUCCCUUCGUGGGGCUUGGUGGGUGGGGCCUCCAUCUGAGCGCGUCUCCACUCUGGGGCUCUGUCGCUAGCCACGGCCAGAGCGACGCGUCUUGUGUCCCAGGCGGUUUGGUGUCAUUUGUCAUGAGACUCGUGGCAUCUAGACUUAGUUGGCAUUUCAGAAGAGUGAGAAGUGGAGGCAGAGUAUUUCAUCAUUCGUUCGUUUAUUCACUCAACAAUUAUUUAUGCGUCGAUAGCUUUGUCUUUGGUGCUGUUAUAAACCGUGACAUUUAUUCCGCAGGGUUGUAAUUCUGUGUGUGUGUGUGUGUGUGUGUGUGUGAGUUUCUUACACAAGACCGUGAGUUCCGUGGGUGUGCAGGGCUAUUUCCCGCCCUUCUUUGUAUAUGUACUGGGUGGUCCAAAAACAUGCACCAGAGAAGCAGGGAAGGUUUUCGCGGAGAACCUGCUGUGGGCUCCGCACUAUUUAUGCGCACGUAUAUGGAAGGCUACAUAAUUGAAAAGCCGAAGGGAGCAUCCGUCCUCCUAGCUGGAGGAGAUGCCAGCGGAUGCAGUUGGAGCUUGCGAGCUUCUGCGCCGUCUGUUCACACACCGCCGGAGCUGCGGAGCCGGGGCCGGCGUCCCCCGUCUCCCCAGCCCCGCGGCUCUCAGCCCGCCGGAACGCACGGCGUCUCCCCACCCGCUCAGGCCGUGGGAGCGUGCGGACAGCGCCGACCACGAUGAGGUGUGACACCCUCGGCUUUCUGCGGCAGGCACACCCCCCGCCCGGGGCCUGCCGGCUCGGCUGUUGCUCCUCCAUUCCCAACGUUCCUCAUCCCCAUGGGUCCACGAGCAUAACCAUGGCGACACGGGUCGAGGUCGGCUCCAUGACGUCCCUGACGGUGAUGCCGGGCCUCGGCGAGAUCGGCAAGGAGGAGACCCUGCAGCGGACUUACUUCUGCCAGGCUGGCGACUCCUCCAGGGCCCCCACGGCCAGGCUCUCAGAGGCGAGGAGCCCGCUGCGGAGCCCGGCCCGGGGGCUGCCCCUGCCGCGGCUCGCCCCCAAGCCCUUCUGCAGGGAGCAGGGCCCCCCGGACACGACGCCCGCCGCGCCCUCUUUGCAGCACAGUCCGACUGGCCUGGCUCCUUCCGGGGGGCCGUCUGAGCGGCUGGCUGCUAAGGACCUGGACGGGAGGGUGCCCGGCUGGGCGGGGCGGGAGGCCGGGGGCGGGGAGGGCCCGAGAGGAAGCUCGUCCCCGGUCCCCAAGGCCGUGCCCCUGCGGCCCAGCCCCACCAGCACGAUCCUCUUCGAAACCACCAGGACCGGCCCCGCUCUGGGGAAGGCGGUCAGCAGCGAGGGGGCCCAGGGGGCCACGGCGGGCGGGUCUCAUGAGCCCCCUUCGGGCUCGCGGCCGGAGGUGGCCGCCAAGCCCACCGUGCCCGCCCGCAAGCCGGCGGGGACCCUUCCCCGACCGGCCUCCCUGCCGCAGGACGCGAGGCCGUCCGGGGUCCCGGAGGAGGCAGGCCGGGGCCCGGCGCUCUCCAAGGCCGGCGGCGAGGAGCACGCCGCGGCCAGCCCCGCGCCGGAGCCCAGGCCUCGCCUGCAGAGGAGGCCCGUGUCGGCCAUUUUCGUGGAGUCCAGCCAGCCUCCGCUGCCGGGCCCCGGCGGGGCGGCCUCGGCCGGGAAAACGCCCCCCACCCCUCCCGAGAAGACGUGGGUGAGGAAGGCCAGGCCUCUGUCCAUGGACCUCACGGCCCGGUUCGAGAGCAGGGAGGCCUUGCUGAGGAGGGCGGCCGAGGAGGGCGGCACCCCCGAGCGCCGGGCCCCGGAGCCCAGGGCGGACAGCCAGCGUGUGGCCAGGCCAGAGGCCCCCCGCCGUGACCCCAGUUCCGACUUCCUAGAGGUGGCCAAGAAGAUCCAGGAACGGAAGGAGAAGGUGCUUCUGCAGCAGGAGACUGGCAGCCCCAGCAGCCCCCGAGCCCCGGGGGGCGCAGCCAGGGGCUCCCCCGGGGAAGACCGGAGUCCUUGGGGGGAAGAGCAAGGCAGGCUGGCCCGGGAGCCAGAGGAGGCGCCCGAGCCCCCUUCACCCGUGCCAGGACGGGGCCCGGACCUCGCCGAGGUCAAGGGCAGAGCGGCCGAAGGCGUCCCCUCCAGGGGGAGCGUCAAGAAGCGCAUCAGCCUAUUUGGGGAGGAGAGCACCGUGGUGGCCGUGACCUUGGCCUUGGCAGCAGGGCCUGGACCCCCCUCAGCCUCCCCCGACCCCCCACCGGAGGCGCCAGAGCCCGGGAAAGGGGCCGUGAGCGUGCAGGCGCGGGUCAGAGGCUGGGCUGCCGAGAGCUCAGAGACGAAGCCCGCGGUCCGGAGGAGAACGUUCCAGGCCCGGCCGCUGUCCGCGGAUUUGACCAAGCUGUUUUCAGGUUCAGCGUCAAGCAACGACGUCAGACUCGAGAAGGGUGCUAGGCUGAGCAUUGAGCUUCCUAGGGACCCGAGGGACAAGCAAACGGAGGGGCACAGUCUGGUGGAGGCAUCUGCUCCGAGAAGCCACUGGAAGCCUGGGACGCUCCGGGAGAAGUCGAGGCAGACGGAGCGGAAGGAUAGUUCCAAAAGAGACCCCGAUCACUCUGGCGGUGAGAGCUCGGCGGGAACUCCCGACGUCACUCCGGAAGAUGAGGGAAGCUUCCAGACCGUGUGGGCCACGGUGUUCGAGCACCACGUGGAGAGACACACGGUGGCUGACCUGACGGGGCGCCAUCUCCUGACCACGGCCCCCACUGACCGGGCGGACGCACACGUCCCGGAACCCAGGCCCCAGAAAGGCCCCCGGCCGGGGAACGACCUGCUGGAAGUGACAGGAGCCAAGAAAGAGGACCCGAGGGGCUUCGACAGUCCCGGGACAGAGGGAUCGGGGCGAACCGCCCUGUGGAACGGCGAGCCGGGGCGGUGUCACGCGCCUCUCUGGGGAAGAUGCGCUCUGGGUGAGAAGCUCAGCAGCAGCCCUUCGCUGAGGCGCUGGGAAAAGCCCCCCGCCGUGGCCCAGAGGGUGGAGCCCAGGUAUGACGUCGUCGUGCACACGGCCGGGGAGCGUGCCCACAGCGAGGCCGUCGCCACGGCGCCCGAGGAGAAGGCGGUGGCGCUCCGCAGCGGCAGGGCCAGGACCUCGCUGGACGGGAGGCGGCUGUCCCAAGAGGUCGCCCCGGCUGACCCGAGGUGUGGGUCGGGAGCUCAGGUGGGGUCCGUCCUUCGGGCCAGUUUGAUUUGGGAAGCUCGGGGGACACAGGAGGCGGCCGGCGGGCCAAAGCUUGACCUUUGGGAGCGGCAGGACGAGACUGGGGACGAUCGCCCGUCGCCCGGGUGGACAGGUGGGGCGGCGGGGAGCCGGCAUAGAGCCACCUCGGUGGGCGGCGAAGAGUCCUGUGCUCCCGGGGCCGCCUCCGCGAGGUCCACCAGGGCCGCCGUCUGGGAGGCCCCACAGCAGGGGCCUGGACGGGCCGGGCGAGAGCCAGGAGCGGAAGCACGGGGCGGUCCACCCCAGGGGAGGCCCCCGGAUGCCCCUCACGGGGCUGAGGCCGAGCCCCCCGAUUCCCGAGCACAAGCACGUCCAGACACGUUCUCUGGGCAGAAAGGGCCCCGCCCUGCGGCCCCCAGCGAGGAGGAUCCAGGGCCGGCCCAGGUGCCGGCGGGGCCUGGAGCCCGGGCUUGGAGGGCCGGGCCCCCCGACCAGAGAACAGACCGGUGGAGGCGGCGGACUCUGCCCCACGACGUGAAAUUUGACACGUUCAGCUUCCUCACCCCAAAGAACUCGCCCAGGGUGCAGGAGAGCCAGGCCGAUGACCCGACCCCCACAGCCGGUGCCUCAAACAAGCCUCCACCGCCCCACGGGAGGGCGGAGGCCGGGGAGGCGCACCCAGGUGCCUCGCAGGACCGGCCUUUCUCCGCCGCGAGGCAAGGGUCACCCGGGGAACCCAAGGCAACGUUUUUUGCAGUGACCUACCAGAUUCCCGACACUCAAAGGGCAAAGGGUGUUGUUAUAUCAGGGCUUGACAGCUUGCUAGAACAUUCCAGAAAAACCUCUCCACCUCCAUCUCCUCGUGCGUCCACACCCGCUUUGGUUUCUCUUAGCUACGAAGAGCCACCGGAGACGGAGCGCGGCGAGAGCCGGGCUAGGGGGGGAGAGCGUGGACAUGCACGCAUUUCAAGACACCGGAAGCUGGCAGACUGCCCCUUACCAACCGGGGACAGGGUUCUGGAACCUUCUAGUGAAAAAGUCAUCGACGUGGACGCGCUCUUGCGUCACCGGGCGUCAGAGGAUGGCGCUGGCUUUCGGAACGAUGGGGAGGGUGGCGGGAGCGAGGUGUCCCCCGGCGGCGGCGGCGCUCCCCAAACGGCCCCGGCGCUCAGGAGCCGUCCGAAAGACGCGCUGGCCAGGAGGAGGACCCAGGCGGUCAGCGAGACGUUCCCGGGGAAGCUCAGAGACGGCUACAGAGCCAGCGUGCUGGACGUCGACGCCCUGGUGGCGGAGUACCAGGAGCUGUCCGCCCGAGUCCCGGGCCAGGCUCGGGGGCGGGAGGAGGGCCGGGUGGGGGGGCCCAGCUGCUGGCCGCCCUGGGAGAGGCCGGGCCUGCCGGGCGGGGUGGAACCGAGGAGGAGGAGGGGGAGCACGAGGGACGGACCCGAAGCAGAGGGGGCCCGGAAACCUGCCAGCUUGGCGGACGCGGGGCGCAGCUCGGCUCCCGGCUCGGGCAGGCCGGCGGCGGUGAGCCCGGACACGAAGCCCAGCCCUCCCCUGUGGGUGCGGCCGCCCGCGGCUCCCCCUGAGCCGCCCUCGGGGGCCUCGCCCGUCCCCCCCGCGGGCCCCAAGGAGAAGGUCCCGGGCAUCCCCGAGGACGACAGAAAGGCCUUUGCGGGCGCCCAGCACGGCGCAAUUUGUCAGGACUACCCGGCCGCGGCGAAGCCCUGCGGUGGGGAGGCCCCGGGCGGCAGGGUCAGCGGGCCGCCCACCUCGCCGCCCCCCGACCGGAAGAAAGGCAGCCUGAGGAGACCCCCCGAGUGGGCAGAGGAGCGCUUUGGGGCCCCGAGGGGCGACCCCCCGCCUGGCUGCACUCGGUCGCCGCCGGACAUCAAGAGGGCCUGUCCGGAGAGGGGGCCCCCUGCCGCCACCCGAGAGGGCCUGUCCUCCACGCACGGGGCCCGGGAGAGGCGGAGAGAAGCCCCCAGGGGCGGCCCGGCCACCACAGCGGGGCCCUGCUGGCGGGAGUCGGGGACCGGAGCCGGCCACAAGCUGCCGCCUCGGGACCUGGAGGAGGAGGACGCCCUCGGGGAGAGCCCGCGCCCGCCCCGGCACGCCAGCCCCGCGGCCUCGGGGCCCCGAAGAAGCCACAGCUUGUCCAGGGACAGGAGGAGCGGGCCCUUUGUGGACCAGCUGAAGCAGUGCUUCUCCAGGCGGACCCCCGAGGCCAAGGACACCGACACUCUGGUGCACGAAGCUGACAGCCAGUAUGGGACGUGGGCAGAGCAGCGCCACAGCAGGGACAGCUCGGCCGCCGAGUCCCCGGACAGCAGUGCCGCGUCGGCCCAGAGGCAGCCCCCCGGUAGCCGCUUGUCUUCUCUGUCCUCCCAAACGGAGCCCACCUCUGCGGGAGACCAGCACGACUGCCCCAGGGACCAGCGGAGCGCCAGCGUGGACCGCUCCAGCACCGACCUGGAGUCCACGGACGGGGCGGAGGGGCCUCCACCACCGGACGCCUGCCCCGCCAAGGGAGCGGACGACUUUUCCUUCAUCGAUCAAACCUCAGUGCUCGACUCAAGUGCCCUCAAGACCCGGGUGCAGCUCAGCAAGAGAAGCCGCCGCCGGGCUCCCAUCUCCCACUCCCUCCGGCGCAGCCGGGUCAGCGAGUCGGGGAGCAGGUCUCCUUUGGAAGAGACUGACAGCACGUGGAUGUUCAAAGAUUCCACCGGUAACGCGCCCACCCACGCCUUCUCCCCUCCCCAGAUGCCGCACUGCACGGCAGGAAGGAUUUUAGCCCAUUCAGACUCGGGGGCCCAGGGCUGGAGAGGGCUCAGCAGGCCUGACAGUGUCACCGCGUGGGGCCCUUCCCCGGACAAAAGGCGGUUUAUAGACUCAGCUCUCUUCUCUCCCCAGGCCCAGCUGCACAAGAGGCCAGAGGUGGACAGUCCUGGUGAGGCCCCCGGCCGGGCCCCGCAGCCCAAGGCCCCCAAGUCCCCCUUCCAGCCUGGGGUGCUGGGCAGCCGCGUGCUGCCCCCCGGCCUGGAGAAGGACAAGAGGUCGGACCAGCCCUCUCCCCAGUGGCUGAAGGAGCUGAAAUCCAAGAAGAGGCAAAGCCUUUAUGAGAAUCAAGUUUGACCAGACAGGGGACCCGCCACGCCCAGCUAACAGAAGCCUUAACCGUCAGAACCCACAGACGGGGCCGGGCUGCUGCCGCCCCUCCCGG